ACAUAUCAUUACAUCUUCCAUUACCCUUCAUGCCGUGUUGGGGGUUUGGGUGUGGUUUUGAACUUGUUCUCUUGAGUUGAGUUCCGCACUCUCGAGUUAGAUUCGGUUUCCCGGGAACAUGGCAGCUGCACAGACGGAACAUGAGGUCCCAAAGAGUAUGCUUUGUCCAAAGUUUCUCCACUCCAACUCUACCAGCCACACCGGGCCCUUCAGUGCUAUUGCUGAACUCUUAGACAACGCAUACGACACUGAUGUCAAUGCCAAACAGAUAUGGAUCGAUAAGACCCAGAUCAAAGACAUAGAAUGUCUAACAUUCAUGGACAACGGAAACGGACUCAACUAUAAGUCGAUGCAUCGGAUGCUCAGUUUUGGAUACAGCAACAAAAAAGUUGUGAACGGCAAACAUCCCAUUGGAAUUUAUGGCAACGGUUUCAAGUCUGGCUCAAUGCAUCUGGGCCAGGAUGUCAUCGUUUUAUCCAAAUCAAAGAAUGACCUGUGCGUUGGCAUGCUGUCACAGACUUACCUGGAGAGGACUGGAGCCGAGGAGAUCAAUGUUCCCAUCAUAAGCAUUAAGAAACCGGAAGAAAAACAGUUCAGUGUGAUGGAGGAGCACCAGGCCAGUCUGAGUGACAUACUGGACCACUCACCCUUCAACACUGAGGAAGAGCUGCUCACUGAGCUCCGAGCUAUCGAGUCAUCCUGCUCCAGCACCGGGACCCGGAUCAUCAUCUGGAACCUCCGCAGGACAUCUUCAGGGAAGCCAGCGAUUGAUUUCAUCACGGACCGCUACGAUAUCCGUAUUCCCUGUGAUGACUUGGACUCUUCAGACCCUGAUAGUAAAUACUCGCUGCGUGCAUACUGCAGCGUCCUCUACAUGAAGCCUCGUAUGCAGAUCAACAUUCGAGGACAGAAGGUGAAGACUCAGCUCAUCUCUAAGAGCCUGGCCCACAUCGCAAAAGAUUUCUACAAGCCUUCUUAUGUCAAAAAAAGAAUCCCCAUCACCUUUGGGUACAACACGAAGAGCAAGGAGCAUUAUGGCCUCAUGAUGUACCACAAGAACCGACUCAUCAAGGCCUAUUAUCGUGUUGGCUGUCAAAAAGACGCUAAUAACAAUCGAGGCAUCGGAGUCAUUGGUGUGAUUGAAUGUGAUUUUCUUGACCCAACUCACAACAAACAGGACUUUGUGUACACCGAAAACUUCAGGAACACCAUCAGAAAUGUUGCAACCAAGUUAGAAGAUUACUGGAAAGAAAUUUGGUUUAAGAGAAAGAACAGCAACCGCAGCAACAACGUACCCAUUGAGGAGGAAGAAAAACGCCCGGAUCAGAACUGGGCCCAGUGUGAUAAGUGUCAGAAGUGGCGGAGGAUGCCGGAUGGAAUUAACAACGAUAAACUUCCUGAAGAGUGGUUCUGCUACAUGAACCCCGACCCUCAGUUCAGGCGCUGUGAGACGAUGGAAGAGCCAGAGGACUCUGAUUCUGAGCAGCCCGCAAACCCGAAGACCUAUAAGAUACAGGAGAAGGAGGACAAAAAGAAACAAGAAAAGACAAAAGAAUUCAAAAAGACCUCCACCCCGAAAAAACCACGGACACCAAAAGAGGGCGCUUCUGCAUCUGUUGUGUCCACUAGCAGCAGUCACCCAGUAAUAACAGAUGUAUUCUCUCCCUCAAGACUGAAGAGGCUGCAGCCUACGACUCCACAAAACAAAUCCAAAAGACCGAAGCUGGAUGGUCCCAAGAGAAAGUUAGACACAGAUAUGAGUCUGGGCAGCUCUAUGACCCCACCAACCCCUGUCCCUUACAAGGACUUAAACAUUGACGACAACCUAUUGGAGGGCAGCAGUACUCCUGCAACGACGGAGCCCACCUUCCAACCGUUCAAAGUGAGGUUGGAGAGUGACCCGAUGGAUUCCGCUUACGUGGCCUUCACCAGCCCACGCAAAUCAUUCGUGGAUGAACCUACAGUAACCUACACAAGCACCCAGAUGAGGGAUGAGGAGGAGAUGAGGGACAAAAUCAUCCAGAUAUGGGAUGAGGAUGAGGAGGAGAUGAGGGACAAAAUCAUCCAGAUAUGGGAUGAGGAUGAGGAGGAGAUGAGGGACAAAAGCACCCAGAUGCAAGCCCCGGGACUGAAAGAUGAGGAGGAGGAGGAGGAGAUGAGGGACAAAAGCACCAAGAUGCAAGGACCAGGACUGAAGGAUGAGGAGGAGGAGAUUAGGGAAAAAAGCACCAAGAUGCAAGGACCAGGACUGAAGGAUGAGGAGGAGGAGGAGGAGAUUAGGGAAAAAGGCACCCAGAUGCAAGGACCACGAGUGAAGGAUGAGGAGGAGAUGAACAGCAGCACAGCGGCUAACGAUGGAGCUCAAGGGAUGGAGGAGGGAAUGAUUAGCAUCAUCCAGGCCCAGGAAGAGCAAGACCAGCUCAUGGAGCUCCUGCAGUCUGUGUCCAACGAGAGGGACUCCUUCAAAGAGAGUGUCAAGGAGCUCCAUGCACAACUAGAGUUGGAGAAGCAGUGUGCAGACUGUCAGACAGCCAGAGAGAAGGCAGAGAAGCUGAGCAGAGAAAAAGAGGCGUUACUGGAGACCCAUUCCCGCCAUAACCAGGAACAUGCAAAGCAUUUUGAAGACUUGACGUGUAGAUUGGAGAAAAGCAGCAACGAGAUUGAGAAACUGCUCUUAAAGGUGAAGCAGUUGGAGGAGGAGAAAGACAGCAUUUCUGAGGAGUGUAAACAGAAGACGACAAGUCUGACAGAGCUCCAAAACAGAGUUGCAGGCCUUGUGAACUGGAACAAUUGAACUACGAGUGCAACGUCAUUGAGGAGAUAUUGGAACCGGUCUUCCGUAACAACGGUCCUCCUUCACAGCAGUACCAUUGACACAUGUCGGUUACUACAACUACGCAUUCAGAGAGAAAGUGUAUGCAUAGUGUGUUUUAUAUAGUGAAGCGACUAUCACUGGAAUCUAUGUUUAAAAGCUGUUAUGGGUACACUGCCCACCUGCUAUGGGUAAAUUCCCCACCUCUCUCACCUCACUGCUUUCCAGGUCAAUAGAUGUAAAACAAGGUCAAAACAUACGACGACCUUUAGAGUCCCACGGGCACCUUUUGGGUUUUGGCAAAGACAGCGUUUAGCUAUGAUAUACCGAGUAGUUGGGUCAUCCAGGCUAGGCUCCUGGAUGACCUCGGCCUGGAGGAAUUAGUCUUGAUUCCAGCUUUAUUACCUUUUUAAUGAUUUUUAUAUUGUAAACUGCUAAUAUUUUGAUCACUCUUUCGUGUUUGAUAAUUUAGGCCCCGUUUAC